AUGGGCAUACCACAUCUAACGAGGCAUCUCACUCCAUAUGCAGAAACGGUUUCUCUGGGUCAGAACUCGGAGAAUACCGAGCUCUGCUACUUGAAUUCUGUGGUGGUUGAUGGCCCGAGUUUGGUAUACCAUGUCUAUCAUCGCCUGCUGGCCUGUAUGGAUCCGGCCUGCGAAAUCUGGGAUGUACAGCCGACAUGCAAUGAGGUCAGCCGGGGAGUUGUGAGCUUCCUAUCGCAGCUGGCUAGUGUCGGUGUGAAAGUAGAAAGAAUUUGCUUCGAUGGCGCUUUGCCUGUUUCUAAGCGUAUAACAAGGCUAUCGCGUCUGGAAAAGUCCAGAAGCAAACUUGAGCUAUGUCGCCGGCGGCCUGUUACUGCUUCAACGCGUCAGUAUCGCAAGGAGUUAUCGAUCGAGCCAAUGCGAUUGUGGCAGGGCCGCAGCCUUCCGUCUCGUUGGAAAAACAUGCCAGAGAAUCCCUUCAUGGUGUCUGCAGUGCUUGAAGACCUGUUGCAUCGAUGGACUCGAAAGCUAGCCCUGGAGGAAUUUCCGCGCGAUGCCACUCUACUCCCCGACACUGAGUAUCCCUGGGCUGAUAUUACGGUGAUAGUUCCGGGGGAGGCAGAUGUUGAAUGUGCUCGUAUCGCAAGGGCUACAGGCUCAGCAAUCCUAACGAGCGAUUCUGACCUGUUACUUUAUGACCUCGGAUCAGGUGGCUCCGUCGUCUUUCUCAAUUCGAUGCAGAUGAUCGACAAUGCAGAGAAUUCGGCUCGGCGUGAACUGCAUGCACAAAGGAUUCAUCCUUGCGGCCUGUCACACCGGCUCGGGAUUCGGAACAUCCAAUUGUUUGCUUAUGAGUUGAAAAGACAUCCCCAGAUUCAGUUCAAUGAACUUCUGCGCCGAUCAAAAGCCGAAAAUGAUACCAAAGAUCAUUCUGUCGAGUAUUACGAUUUCCUGCGGGAAUAUCAACAUGAACCAGAUCAUCAUUCUGCUACAAACGAACAAAUAUCUGUUCGGCAUCUAGAUCCCAGAGUGUCAGAGUUGUUCUGGCAAUUUGAAUCGCCAGGCGCCUACUGCGUGAUGGAUCAACCGCACGUUUAUCUUGGAAUACUUAACGAGGACCAUUCCCGUCGGUGUGCCUGGGAACAAGGCCGGAUCUAUAGAUCUCUUGGCUAUAGUAUCCAUAAUAUCGGCCGCCCGAUGUUACAGCGAUUUUCAAUCGUCCAUGAAUUUGUUCGCAGGGGAGGCAGGAUUGUUGCUGAACCAGUCACCCUUGCCGGUGAGAAAACGGUGGUCUCUGACCUCGUGUCUCUUCAAGAACGGCUAGAUGUGGCUCGCGAUUUGUUUGACUGCGAGUCAAUGCCAAGAUUCUGGUUUCUGUUUGCUCUAGCAGAAAUCUACCGAGACCCGUCAAAUGCAACUACUGUCCCGAAUGCCAAACAGCUGGAGUGCUUUCUGGGAAACGGGUUCAUGGGCAAAGGCACUGAAUGGGCCGAGAUCCACCUUGUUGCCCAGGUACAGGCUGUUCUGUAUUCACUCCGUAUGCUAAAGCAACUCCUCCAUAAAAACGCCGACAGUGACGAGUUCGGGCAAUAUCGGUGUUUAUUGGUGGACUUACCUCCUUUGUAUAUUCUCAUGAGAUCACGGCAUGGUAUUGCGCAGGAUUUCUCUGAGAAAGAAUCACGCCGCCGAGCAGUGCAUCAGAUGGUCAGACACUAUGGAUAA